UGGAGAUUUACUUUCCUCCUACUUGUAUUCAGCAGGAUAUCCUAGAGAACUUUGACGGGGCAAGUAAAGGAAAGUACACCAUUGGUCUCGGACAGGAUUGCAUGGCGUUUUGUUCAGAGGUUGAAGAUGUCAUCUCUAUGGGCGGUAGCGACCCCGGAACAAAACUCAACAAAUUAUUUAAACUAGCCGUUGACGCUUCACUUCAUGAACCCGGUUCGGUAGCGGAAUUUGGAUCAAUAACAAAUGAUACGUCAACACACACAUGGGUCAAAGCUGGUCAAUUGGAUGGAGGUUAAUUCCAUGCAGAAUGAAACAACCCACGUUCCCCACCACCUAUAGUUAUUUCCAUUUUUUCUUUUUCAUGUUCACUGCAUUUUUAAUGCAGUUUACUUUGCAGUGCUUUUCCUACUUGUACUUUAAGCUUCUUAGGUAGUAAUUUAAUUUUAGUUUUCUAAUGUUUAGGACGUGGGUAGUUUUUGGAAACACCUUUAUGUAAUUUACUCCAGUACGAAUAGAGGUGGUGUUUUUAUGUUUGAAAAUUCUCUGUGUUUCUCUUCUUUGAGCAAACCAGUUUGAUUAUCUUCCAUUGCUAAUCCAAGGUAGCAUCUUGGGUGGUGUUCUUUGGAACCUAUACUCGAGUUUUAGGUGGUGAAUUCUGUAUCCUUCUACUCAGUUUAGGAAGCUCUUCGGUUUGAAUCGGGUGGUGUUUCUGUAUCCCAUUCGACCGUUGCUUGUUCGUUUCGUUUGAAUUCUACGAUUACUAGCCGUUUGAUACUUUGAUUCCUAUCAUUUGGUAUCAGAGCCGAAACACGUUCCGUUUCGACUCCAAUCCAUUCCGUAACAAACCAUUUGUCAACAUUUAUCUCAGUAUUCAUUUACAGCCAUGGAACAACAGAUAAAAGACCUACAAGAUCAAGUGCGGGAGUUAACUUUAGCCGUACAGAGACGAAGAGACAAUGACCGAACCCCUCCUCGAUACAGACCUGAUGAUGAAUAUGAUUCUGACGAGUUCUCCCAAGCCGGUGACUAUAACCCUUAUGGUCGUCGAUCUCCUAACAACCGAAACCACACCGACAUCAAAGUUGACAUUCCAGAGUACGAUGGAAAGCUUGACCCGGACGAGUUUGUAGAAUGGCUUCGAACCGUGGAGAGGGUAUUUGAUUACAAGCACACAGUGGAGGAAAAGAAGGUGAAACUUGUUGCUUUGAAGCUAAGGAAGUAUGCAUCAACUUGGUGGGCAAAUGUAUGUUCACAACGAGAGAAACUGGGUAAGGAAAAGGUCCGAUCUUGGAGCAAGAUGAAGAAACUCCUGAAGUCAAAAUUUAUGCCUCCGUACUAUCUUCAAGAGAGCUUUUCUAAACUGCAUUUCAUCAAGCAAGGGACAAGAACCAUUGAAGAGUUUUCCCAGGAGUUUGAACACCUUCUUAUGAAGUGUGGUUUGAACCCGGAUGACCCGCAAACCCUCGUGAGAUAUUUAGGAGGAUUGGAACCAAGAAUUGCAAAUGUGGUCGAGUUGCAUCCGUACUCGACAUUGGCCGAACUCACCCUUAUGUCACACAAAGUAGAGGCUCAACAAAGGACUCAUGGUAAGUUGGAAGUGUCCAAGCCAGUGAUCAAAACUAUCGCACCUGCACCGACUCCAUCUUCCCUUACACCUACUGUACCAACCCCUUCGAAGACGAUAGACUUACCAGAGAGCUCCACUACUACAUCAAAGCACUCACGACGUUGUUUUCGCUGUCAAGGGUUGGGCCAUAUUGCAUCUGAAUGCGCCAAUAAACGAGUCAUCACUCUGGCAGAAUUUGAAUCCUUGACCGGACCCAAGUUUGAUGAAGAACCACACCAGCAGCAUGAUGCAAAUGAGGUGGUAUUAGGUCCGGAUGAGGGAGAUUGUUUGGUGAUACAUCGAGCUCUAAACGGGGCUGCUGUUCACUCCGACAAGCUGCAACGUGAAGCUCUAUUUCGUACCCGCUGCACCAUUCGGGACAAGGUUUGUUCAUUACUUAUCGAUGGUGGGAGCUGCACCAACGUCGCAUCCCAAACGUUGCUCUCCAAACUGGGUUUGUCAACCGAACCGCAUCCUUCUCCUUAUGACAUCCACUGGCUAAAUCAUGGACGAGGUAUCCGUGUUUCCACCCGUGUUUUAAUCACAUUCUCCAUUGGCCAGGAAUACAAAGACGAAAUCUGGUGCGACGUUAUACCGAUGGAUGCGUGCCAUGUGUUGUUAGGAAGACCUUGGUUAUUUGAUCGGAAGGUUGUUCAUGAUGGGUAUAAAAAUACUUACUCUUUUGUCAAGGAUGGUAGAAAGAUAACUUUACUCCCGUUGAUGUCCAAGAAUACACUUGAACGUCGAACCCUAACUGCUAACAUGUUUUUCAAGUCCUCAUUCCAAGAUGUACAGAAAGAUAACAAGCUUUUCCAGGUUGGAUUCAAAGAACAGAAAAUACCAGGUACGAGAACCAAUAGUGAGCUGUUUUGGAACACUUAUGGAUCGGCUAAGACCAUUCCAGGUGAGGUUGACGGUGGUAUCUCCAUUGCAACCCUACAGAUAGACAUAACAAGUACCCGUAAACCUGCAUAUGAGAUUGGUUAUUUAAGUUUGAGGGCAAACUUUCUUGAAGACGGAGAGGAUGAUAGCGGUAGCGACCCCGGAACAAAACUCAACAAAUUAUUUAAACUAGCCGUUGACGCUUCACUUCAUGAACCCGGUUCGGUAGCGGAAUUUGGAUCAAUAACAAAUGAUACGUCAACACACACAUGGGUCAAAGCUGGUCAAUUGGAUGGAGGUUAAUUCCAUGCAGAAUGAAACAACCCACGUUCCCCACCACCUAUAGUUAUUUCCAUUUUUUCUUUUUCAUGUUCACUGCAUUUUUAAUGCAGUUUACUUUGCAGUGCUUUUCCUACUUGUACUUUAAGCUUCUUAGGUAGUAAUUUAAUUUUAGUUUUCUAAUGUUUAGGACGUGGGUAGUUUUUGGAAACACCUUUAUGUAAUUUACUCCAGUACGAAUAGAGGUGGUGUUUUUAUGUUUGAAAA